ACAGCACCUGUCACUGAGCCUCCGGAAAUUCUCCUGGGCUCUGGGCCCCAGUCCCACACCCCCCUUGCGCUCCCCGCUCCCGCCUCCUCCAGCUCCCGCCUCCCUACCUACCAGCUCCUCCCCAUAAACUCCCCACUUCAUCAGCUCCUCCCCCAUCUCCCCUCUCCCAGCUUUCUCGCUCCAGCUCCUCCCCUCCUCCGCGCCUCCUCGCUCCCCUCCCCCUCUGCCGCUGCUCCCUGCCCCCGCCGCCGCCGCCGAGCUCCAUCUCCGCAGUCUGGGCCGCUGGGUGCAGAGACUGCCGCAGCCCGGGCGGCCACUGCCGCCUCCCUCAAUCCCAAUAUCCAUUGUCUGCCACCCCACCUGGCCCUCCGCUUCCCCCACAACCAUGGCGCAAGAAGCUGGGAGGAACCCUCGUCUCGGGGGGCCCUGCGGGGAGCCAGCGGAGCUCCGAGGUGAUGCUAGCGAGGAGGACCACCCCCAAGUCUGUGCCAAGUGCUGCGCGCAAUUCAUUGACCCAGCUGAAUUCCUCGCCCAUCAGAACGCAUGUUCUACUGACCCUCCUGUAAUGGUGAUAAUUGGGGGCCAGGAGAACCUCAACAACUCUUCAGCCUCUUCUGAAUCCCGGCCAGAGGGUCACAGUAGUCCCCAGGUCAUGGACACAGAGCACAGCAACCCCCCAGAUUCUGGCUCCUCUGUGCCCACAGAUCCCACCUGGGGCCCAGAGCGGAGAGGAGAGGAGUCUUCAGGGCAUUUCCUGGUCGCUGCCACAGGUACAGCGGCUGGGGGAGGCGGGGGCCUGAUCUUGGCCAGUCCCAAGCUGGGAGCAACCCCAUUACCUCCAGAAUCCACCCCUGCACCCCCUCCUCCUCCCCCUCCCCCUCCACCCCCAGGUGUAAGCAGCAGCCACUUGAACAUUCCCCUGAUCUUGGAAGAGCUACGGGUGCUGCAGCAGCGGCAGAUCCAUCAGAUGCAGAUGACUGAGCAAAUUUGCAGGCAGGUGCUGCUGCUUGGCUCCUUAGGCCAGACGGUGGGUACCCCUGCCAGUCCCUCGGAGCUACCUGGGACAGGGACUGCCUCUUCCACCAAACCCCUGCUACCCCUCUUCAGCCCCAUCAAGCCUGUCCAAACUGGCAAGACACCGGCAUCUUCCUCCACCUCCUCCUCCUCUUCCUCAGGGGCAGAAACGCCCAAGCAGGCUUUCUUCCACCUUUACCACCCACUGGGGUCACAGCAUCCCUUCUCUGCUGGAGGGGUUGGGCGAAGCCACAAACCCACUCCUGCCCCCUCCCCAGCCCUGCCAGGCAGCACAGAUCAGCUGAUUGCCUCGCCUCAUCUGGCAUUCCCAAGCACCACGGGACUACUGGCAGCACAGUGUCUUGGGGCAGCCCGAGGCCUUGAGGCUGCUGCCUCCCCAGGGCUCUUGAAGCCAAAGAACGGAAGUGGUGAGCUGGGCUAUGGGGAAGUGAUGAGUCCCUUGGAGAAGCCUGGUGGAAGGCAUAAGUGCCGCUUUUGCGCUAAAGUAUUUGGCAGUGACAGUGCCCUGCAGAUCCACCUUCGUUCCCACACGGGUGAGAGGCCCUAUAAGUGCAAUGUCUGUGGCAAUCGCUUCACCACCCGUGGCAACCUCAAAGUGCAUUUUCACCGGCAUCGUGAGAAGUACCCGCACGUACAGAUGAACCCACACCCAGUGCCAGAGCACCUAGACUAUGUCAUCACUAGCAGCGGCCUGCCCUAUGGUAUGUCCGUGCCACCGGAGAAGGUCGAGGAAGAGGCAGCCACACCAGGUGGAGGUGUCGAACGCAAGCCUCUGGUGGCUUCCACUACAGCACUCAGUGCCACAGAGAGCCUGACGCUGCUCUCCACUGGUGCAGGCACAGCCACGGCUCCAGGGCUCCCUGCUUUCAAUAAGUUUGUGCUCAUGAAAGCAGUGGAACCCAAGAGUAAAGCUGAUGAAAACACCCCCCCAGGGAGUGAGGGCUCGGCCAUCAGUGGGGUGGCAGAAAGUGGCACAGCAACCCGCAUGCAGCUAAGUAAGCUGGUGACUUCACUACCAAGCUGGGCACUACUUACCAACCACUUCAAGUCCACUGGCAGUUUCCCUUUCCCCUAUGUGCUAGAGCCUUUGGGGACCUCGCCCUCUGAGACAUCGAAGCUGCAGCAACUGGUAGAAAAGAUUGACAGACAAGGAGCUGUGGCAGUGGCCUCUACUGCCCCAGGAGCCUCCACAACCUCUGCCCCUGCGCCUUCAUCCUCAGGUUCUUCUGGACCUAACCAGUGUGUCAUCUGCCUCCGGGUGCUGAGCUGCCCUCGGGCCCUACGCCUGCAUUAUGGCCAACAUGGAGGUGAGCGGCCCUUCAAAUGCAAAGUGUGUGGCAGAGCUUUCUCCACCCGGGGCAAUCUACGUGCCCAUUUCGUGGGCCACAAGGCCAGUCCAGCUGCCCGGGCCCAGAACUCCUGCCCCAUUUGCCAGAAGAAGUUCACCAAUGCUGUCACUCUGCAGCAGCAUGUUCGGAUGCACCUUGGGGGCCAGAUCCCCAAUGGUAGUACCACGCUUCCUGAAGGCGGAGGAGCUGCCCAGGAGAAUGGCUCUGAGCAAGCUACAGUCCCUGGGGCAGGGAGCUUCCCCCCCCAGCAGUCUCAGCAGCCAUCACCAGAAGAGGAGUUGUCUGAGGAGGAGGAGGAGGAUGAGGAAGAAGAGGAAGACGUGACUGAUGAAGAUUCCCUGGCAGGGAGAGGCUCAGAGAGUGGAGGUGAGAAGGCAAUAUCAGUGCGAGGUGAUUCAGAAGAGGCAUCUGGGGCAGAGGAGGAAGUAGGGGCAGUGGUGGCAGCAGCCACAGCUGGAAAGGAGAUGGACAAUAAUGAGAAAGCAACUCAACAGUCUUCUCUGCCACCACCACCACCUGACAGCCUGGACCAGCCUCAGCAGAUGGAGCAGGGAAGCAGUGAUGUUUCAGGAGGCAAGGAAGAGGGGGGCAAACCCGAGAGGAGCUCAAGCCCAGUGUUAGCACUCACCCCAGAAGGGGAGGGCACCAGCACCACCUUGGGGGAGGAGCUGAGCUUUCAGGAAGCAAUGAGAAAGGAGCCAGGAGAGAGCAGCAGCAGAAAGGCCUGUGAAGUGUGUGGCCACACCUUUCCCACCCAGGCAGCUCUGGAGGAGCAUCAGAAGACCCACUCCAAAGAUGGGCCACUCUUCACUUGUGUCUUCUGCAGACAGGGCUUUCUGGAGCGGGCCACCCUCAAGAAGCAUAUGCUGUUGGCUCACCACCAGGUACAGCCCUUUGCCCCCCACGGCCCUCAGAAUAUUGCUGCUCUUUCCUUGGUUCCUGGCUGUUCACCUUCCAUCACUUCCCCAGGGCUCUCCCCCUUUCCCCGAAAAGAUGACCCCACGAUUCCAUGAGCCUGUUUUUCUGUACCUGCUGCCCUUUGAUCCAGGGAGCAGAAACCAAGAGCUCCAUAGAGGACCUCCAAGAUUUAUGAGCCUUUAUUUUGUCUUUUCCUCUGAGUUCUUCCAUGCUGUGUCCCUAGUGGCUUUUCUCUAGUCCUUUCCCUAAGCUUGGAAAUUAUUGUGCUUACAAGAGGAUGCCCCCCUAAGGAAUUUUUCUCCCCUCUUCAUUCUUUGUACCUGAGGAAAAUAGACUCUCUACAGCUUUCACAUUCUCAAGGUGAAUCCUCUCCAGCUUCCCUGGGGUGACUCUUCCCUCUCCUCUUUCCUUCUCCCUUUCCCUUUGGCAGGUGCACCUGAGCUCCCACAUUUGGAAUUGCAGCCCAGCCCAAAGGGGCCGGUAGCUGUCUCUGGGGGGCACAGCACCACUCCUCUCU